GAGAAGAACCGGGAGAGAAACACUUCUCCACAGCCAGGAAGCGCGCAUUUCACAGUGUAACUCCAGAGAAGUGCGAUGGUGGAUGUACCUGCUGCAUCCUCAGAUGCGGGUCGCAGGGCAGUGUGCGCCGGAUGCCACCGGCCGAUCCGGGACCGGUUCCUGCUCAGAGUCACUGACGGCCUCUGGCACGAGGAGUGUGUGCGCUGCGCGGCGUGCGGGGACGCGCUCAGGAACUCCUGCUUUCUGCGGGACCGCAAACUUUACUGCAAGCGGGACUAUGCAGACCUGUUCGCGGUGCGCUGUGGAGGCUGUUCGGAGGCCAUAUCUCCUGCAGAGCUGGUGAUGCGUGCAGGAGCCGCUGUGUUCCACCUGCGCUGCUUCACCUGCAGCGUUUGUUCCUGCCGCCUGCAGACCGGAGAGCGCUGCGUCCUCCGGGAGGGCCGGCUUCUGUGUGCCAGAGACGAGUACCACCAGGGCCCGGCCAGCCCGACCUCCUCUGACACAGGUAAAAGUGAAGACGAUGAGGAAGAAGAGGAAGAGUCUGGGAGGGUUUCAGGCAGACGGGUUCGAUCGGAAGAUGCGGAGAGCAAACGUCCCAAAAGGCCUCGAACUAUUCUGACCACGCAGCAAAGACGGACCUUCAAAGCGUCUUUUGAGGUCUCGUCCAAGCCUUGCCGAAAGGUAAGAGAGACCUUGGCAGCAGAGACUGGCCUGAGCGUCCGGGUUGUGCAGGUCUGGUUCCAGAACCAAAGAGCCAAAAUGAAGAAGCUGGCCAGGAGACAGCAGCAGCAGGAGCAGCAGCAGACUCAGGAGCAGUGCGAACACCCGUCCCAUCACACAGCACCCUCCUGUGGCAGUUUGACCUCUGAGAUGAAGCACAUGAGUUCCUCUUACGCUCAUAUGCAGCAGCAGCAGCAGCAGCAGCCGAUGGGACUCACCUCACUGGAGCAGCAGGACUGGGACACCGAGCCCUUCAGACAGGGCCUGACUCCACCUCAGAUGCCAGGAGAUCACAUGCACCCGUUUGGUUUCAAAGGCCUGUACGGCGACGUGGACCGGGACCCUCUGUGUCAGCUGGCCGACAGCGACUGCCUCUCUCUGGGCGACUCGUCUCCGCUCACCCCCAUCGACCGCCUCUACUCCAUGCAGGACUCUUACUUCGCCUCCUGAGGCCGGAGGCCGGAGCCAGGCGGAGUGAGGAACAGCGUGACACCAUGCAAUAUA